AUGAGCAACCAGCAGAACAACCCCCAGUCGCCCCGCCACUGGCACGGCAGCCUGGGCGAUCGCUAUGAGCACCACAACGUAUGGGUGACAGGCGGCCCUCCCCAGCCCUACAUGGCUCGACGGCCUUCUGGUGCCGAAGCAGCAAGUGCAAGUGCCACAGCUGAAAGACGUGAAUCUGUCUCGUCUAGCAUGUCUUCAGGCUCGAACAGCCCCCCAACAGCUCCAAACAGGAGACGUUCUAGUCAGGGUUCGUCCCUAUUUGAAAGUCUGACGAACCAGAAGCGGAACUCCACGGAUCCUGCUUCGGCCGCACGCCGCGCGAGUUACAAUGACCAGGCGCAGCAGGGCGGUUUCUUCUCGAAAUGGUGGGAGGGGUAUACUCGUGGUGGUUCCAAAUAA